UGUUAUGAUGCAGACGAUGAUACAUUAUUACCAGCUCAGUUCAAUAAUCUGGUUGUACCUAAUGCUACACAGUACAUUUCGGUUUUCACGCUAACGGUUCAAGCAGCAUACAUAACAUCUGUAGAAUGUAUGCUAUCUUCAGGUUAUUAUAUCGAAAGUGGAUUCAAUGAAAUCGAUAGCCCGUCAAAUGAUAUUAUAACAGAUAUAAUUCAGAUAGCUGAAAGUGGUCUUCAAGAAACAUCCUCAUCGUUUGAUGAUGACGAAGAAAAAGAAAUGCAAGACAAAUUAAACGCUAUGCUGUACAUGACAAUUAAUUAUUAUAAAACAGAUGUGACUGUAACGAAGACAGACACGAAACUUAGCGAUGUUAACGAUAUAAAUACUGCUCAAACAAUUCUUAUUGCACAGAGAUGUCAAUCGUCUUACAUUGAUUUUAUGAAAAAAGUCGAAGAAUUAAAAACCAAGUUUGACAAUGUUCCAGAAUAUACAAACACUGUCGACAUAACUGAACAGCAAUGGAAAAUCAUUGUUAAUCAAUAUAACCAAGUACGAAAAAAAUUGGCCAAAGAAAUGGAUGUAUACGCAUCGAUUAAGUACGCAUUCCUUUAUGGUAUGGGAAUAGAUUUAUGUACUGGAUCUGCAAGCCCCGAUGAAAAAUUAUUGGAAAUUUACAGUACGUCUGACCUUACAGUGUUUUUUGAUCUUAAUGACAACGAUUCAUUGUUAUUAUUGAGAAAAACUGUUCUUCAUAUGUAUGAAAUAUAUAAGAAAUCAUUGACUAUGAUUUAUAUAAAUUCCAUGGGUUAUUCUUCGCAAGACAUAUCAAUGAGAAUUUUGAUAUGGGAGCAAGUGAAUAUAGUUCGAGCAAACUUUGAUUACAUGAGUAAAAAUAUUGCACUGACCAUAGAAGAUUCACAAACAAAAGCUGAAUCUACAUUUAAUAAAGAUACCAAUGACUACACAGAGGCUAUGACAACAUUAUAUAGGAGUGUUAAUAAAAUGCUUCUAACGGCCGUAAAAUCCACCGAAGUACAUUAUCAACGAGCAAUAAUGUUUAGUAUGGAUGGUAGUAUGUUAACAAAUAAUUUUAAUUCAUACGGAGAAGAAUCAAUAGAAAAAUAUUAUAAUGAUGUUCUAUGGUGUAAUCCCAAUGUAGCUGAUUAUGAUAUACGAGUUGUUGAAAAAGAAAAAAGUGGACAGCCAUCGGCAGAUAUUGUUUUGCCAAAAGAUUUUUAUCCAUUCAUAAUAAAUAAAUUAAUUUUACAAACCUUUAUAUGUCAGAUGAAUUAUAUAAAGAUGAAGUCACAAACAUUAUCUAAUAAUGAAACUGAUUUAAAUACUUGGGAAUAUAAUCAAAUAACAAUUAAAGAAUUAAAAUACUCAAUUUUAUUUGCGAAAUGUACAGCAGUAUCAAACAAAAUGUAUAUUAUUAAUAUUGGCACUUAUAUAUUUAUUUCAAAUACUUUAAGUUCAGAUACACAAGAUUCUCAAAGUACUGGAAUUACCCAAAUAACGGAACAAAUUACGACUGAUGUUAUUGGAUCAAUGGGUUCACUUACUGUCGAAAUAACUGCAAUCUUUCGUCAAAUUGAAAUAUAUAUAAACAAAAAUAGUAAUCAAAUAGAAGCAAAACCUUAUAAACCAAGAGCCACACAAGGUGGUGGUGGUGGUGGUGGUGGUGGUGGUGGUGGUGGUAAUAAUGGUGGUGGUGAUAAUAAUGGUUUUGAUGAUGGUGGUGGUGGAGGUGAUAAUAGUGGUGGUGGUGGUGGUGAUAAUGGUGGUGGUAGUGGAAAUGGUGGUGGAUCUAGUACAAGAAAUAUAGAUUUUCGUAUUAAUUCUGUUACACAAAUAAUGCAAACUAUAACAUUUUUCAAAACGUCCGUUAUUUCCAAGUUCUCAUCAAGUAUUAACAUAGUGCAAUCCACAGAGCAAAACAGUUACACGAGUGUGGUCAUAAAUUCAUUAAAUUCUAAUCAAAAAGAAUUCCAAAUGAAUGUCGAUUACUUGGACAGUAUUGUUUCGGCAACAGUGGAUUAUAUAACUGAAACUACAGAAUACGGUUCCGAUGAAUAUUUUGAGGGGCUAAAUGCAGUUUACACAGACACUGAGGAAAAGAUGGAAAUUUUGUCCAACUAUAUUGAAACAACCGUUAGAAGAGCUAACUAUUUUUCAUUGGAUGGUUCGGAAUAUAUACUUAUUCAGCAAACCACUUCGUACAAGGAUUUCGUUAUUAAAAUGUACCAAGUAUUUGGAAUAGAUUACGAGGAAGUAUAUAACACAGAGGAUGAUGCUAAUUCAUUCAUUACAAACAGCAUUUUAAAAUUCAGUGAAGUGUGCUUAACUUUAGUUACAUCGGUUCAAAUGUCAGAGGAUACUUGUUAUAGAGAAUUACUUUUAUUAAAAUUACAAAAAACUCAAAAAAUGUUUCUAGAGACAUGCGAUUCCAUAAACACUCAAAUUAAUGAAUCGCAAGAGUUUAUUAGUCAAAGUGAUGCAAAUAGCAAAAAAGCUUUUUAUCAAGAUGUUACGGAAUGGGUUGAAACUAUAACUGUGGUUUAUUCUGGUGUUCUUUUAAAAGUCAAUUCAUAUUCAAAGAGCACUACCGUGAAUGUCUUUCAGUCGGAAUUUCAAAUUAUUCAAUAUCAGUACACAAUUAUAGAAAGCUACAAUCAAACGAUAACAAAUUAGUAAAAUUAAACGGUCAGUGUACAAGAAAAACAAGUAGUAAAACAUAGUGGUUAAAUUCCAGAAAAUACUAUAGAAGAAGACGUAGUUUCUCAACCAUAAUUAGAUUCCCAAAAACACCCUUCGUUUUUUUUAGCUCACAUUAAAUUACUCUUAAAACCAAUUAUUUUGUCACGUAUUUUGAAUUAUGUAACUAUACAAUAAAUCAUGAUUAUCUCGAUUAAUCUCUAUAGCAAGUAUAGUUUAGUAUCUUUAUUUUAAAAUUACUAUAAAGUGCAAUCAUAUCGAAUAAUAAAGUUAAAUAUAAACCUGUUUUGGUGCACUCUAA